GUGCGCACGCGACCACAUGGACGACUUAAGUCGACUUAAACUCAAUCAAGUUUUUCUAAACUUUUGUUUGUAUUAUUUUUUUAAUUAUAAGUGUACGAAAAAUGUGUAUGCAGUGAUUAAGUAAUAUAAUAACGAAUGAGUGCACAAAUUAAUUGACUAAUUAGUGUUUAGUGUUUGGAAAUAUUAUUUGACAAGGUUACAAAUGGAUUAUCCUUAAUAAUUUCCAGCCAAAUGGACGCGGAUUAAUAUCAUGAUUAACCAUCUGGUGGACUACUCAUCCAGUGAAUUUAACUAUGGCAUGCUGAUAAGACCCCCAGACGAAGAAAUCAUAAACUUAAUCAAAAAAUAAAAUAAGUGGAUUUUAAGAAGAAUCUUCAUAGAAUAGACAAUUGAAUCUAGUCAGACAACUCAGAGACAACCAGAAUCAAUUUUUAGUCAUUAGCAUUAAGGAAUAGUAUUAACCAGAUUGCCAUGAUAUUAGGAACAUUAUUCGUGACCACGGCCCUGAAGACCUUAGGGUUCGUAGGUUCGGGUCUCUGGCUGGUCCCUUUACUCCUCGCAGGUAUAACCUAUAACAACUACAACAGAUAUGACCCGGAAGCACCUCCAAUAGACGCGAGGACCCUGUAUAGAGAAUAUGACUUCAUAGUAGUAGGAGGUGGAUCAGCUGGAGCUGUAGUAGCAUCAAGACUCUCAGAAGUCCCAAGUUGGCAGACCCUGUUAUUGGAAGCAGGACCUGAUGAAAAUGAGAUAUCGGAUGUCCCAUCCCUAGCAGCAUACCUGCAACUCUCCAAACUGGACUGGGCGUAUAAAAUAGAACCCACUGGCAGGGCCUGUCUGGGAAUGAAGAAUGGCAGGUGUAAUUGGCCCAGAGGUAAAGUCCUCGGUGGGUCCUCAGUUCUAAACUACAUGUUGUACGUUAGAGGUAAUAGAAAUGAUUACAACCUCUGGGAGGAAAUGGGGAAUCCAGGUUGGAACUAUGAUGAAGUCCUGCAUUACUAAAAAUCAGAAGACAAUCGAAAUCCGUACCUGAGACAUGGUGGAUAUCAUGGAACAGGAGGUUAUCUUACUGUUCAGGAAUCCCCAUGGAGGACCCCUUUGGUCUUGGCUUUCGUGGAAGCCGGUAAGGAACUAGGAUACCAAAACAGGGACAUCAACGGUGAACACCAGGAUGGUUUCAUGGUUGCCCAGGGUACCAUCAGAAGAGGGUCACGAUGUUCCACAGCCAAAGCAUUCCUACGUCCGAUAAGACUCAGAAGAAACCUUCAUGUAGCCCUAAACUCCCAUGUAACAAGAAUCUUAAUCAAUCCAAUGACCAUGAAAGCUUUCGGAGUGGAAUUUGUUAGGAAUGGUCGUAAACUGGUAGUAAUGGCCCGAAAAGAGGUCAUACUCAGUGCAGGGGCAAUCAAUACCCCUCAACUAAUGAUGUUAUCAGGGAUAGGUCCCAGGGAUCAUCUAACAGAACACCAAAUCCCUGUUUUGAAAGAUCUGCCAGUAGGAAACAACCUCCAAGACCACGUGGGUAUGGGAGGUCUUACUUUCCUAGUGGACCAACCCAUAGCAAUCGUCCAGAGCCGUUUCCAAGCCUUUCAAAUGACCAUGCAGUAUAUCAUGAAAGGCACAGGACCCAUGACCACUUUGGGAGGUGUAGAAGGCCUGGCAUUCAUGAAUACCAAAUAUGGUAACCGUUCCUGGCCCGAUAUCCAAUUCCACAUGGCCCCAGCCAGUAUCAAUUCAGACAACGGGGUCAAAGUCAGAAAGGUCCUAGGCUUAACAGACCAACUAUACAACACAGUCUAUAGACCCAUAGCAAACCGAGAUGCAUGGACCAUAAUGCCCCUACUCCUCCGCCCUAGAUCCCGUGGAACCGUCCGACUUAAAUCUCGAAGCCCAUUCCACUAUCCCAAAAUAGACGCUAAUUACUUUGCAGACCCAUUCGACGUGCAAACCCUCGUUGAAGGCGCCAAGUUAGCAAUCCGCGUAUCCCGAGCCCAGGCAUUCAAACAAUUCAACUCCAGACUCCACGCAAUACCCUUCCCCAACUGCAGACAAUACAAAUUCGGGUCAGACAAAUACUGGGAGUGCCAUAUCCGAACAAUAUCAAUGACCAUCUACCAUCCAGUGGGCACAUGCAAAAUGGGCCCCGAAUGGGACCCCGAAGCAGUAGUAGAUCCCAGACUCAAAGUCUACGGCGUCCAAGGUCUGCGGGUGAUAGAUGCUUCCAUCAUGCCGACAAUACCAAGCGGAAACACCAAUGCACCAGCAAUCAUGGUGGGCGAAAGGGCUGACCUCAUCAAAGAGGACUGGAUGUUGUGAU